UGUAUGUAUUGCACAAAGAAUGCACACUCUUUGGCUUGUUCUUUUAUUUAUGAACUGCAUGGUGAAUUGCUGUACCGCCAAUUGGCAGCAGCGGUCGAGGUGGAUCGCACACACAUCGAUUUAGAUCUUCCGACAGAAGUUGAUUCUUACGCAGACCUUGUGCCCCUGGAACCAAAGCCAGGAUAUUUUGGCCUUAUUUCGACCGUAUACAAAGCGGUCAGUAUUAAGGACGGUCUUUGCUACUGCUUGAGGCGAUUUCACGCAAAUAAACGCUGCAUUUUUGCCGUUGAAACGUGGAAGAAAAUUAAACACGCCAACAUCGUUCAGCUCAGAGAGGCUUUUAUGACUCGAGCUUUUGGGGAUAACUCACUGGUCAUCGUGUACGAUUACCACGGAGGCGCGGAAACGCUGAAAUACCGACAUUUCAGCGAUGCAGGCUGUCGGUCACCAAAUGGAAUUAGUGGCAUUGAUCAUGCUAAUGAGCCGUUGCCUGAGGCAUUACUUUGGUCAUAUGUUGUGGACCUGAGUUCAGCUUUGAGAACUAUUCAUUCUUCAGGAUUGGCUGCGCGUACCAUUGAUCCGUCGAAGAUACUGGUAUUGGGAAAAUCGUUCAAAGCGAUCCUCAUUUCAUACUGUAUAUUCUUUCGUUAA